CAUCUCUUCCUCCUCCUCUUCCUCCUCCUCCUCCUCUUCCUCCUCCUCCCCUCCCUCUCCCCACUAAGUUCGAUGCGAUCGGCUCUGGGCCCUGCCGUGAGUUCUCGGUGCGGGCGACAGCGCUGCUGAACAUGGCGUCAGACGGGAUGAUUUUAACGAACCACGACCACCAAAUCCGGGUCGGAGUCUUGACAGUGAGUGACAGCUGUUUUCGAAACCUUGCAGAGGACCGUAGUGGCGUCAACCUCAAAGAUCUCGUCCAUGAUCCCUCCCUGUUGGGAGGUAUGAUCGCGGCCUACAAGAUAGUGCCGGAUGAGAUUGACGAAAUCAAGGAGACUCUGGUGGAUUGGUGCGAUGAAAAGGAACUUAACCUCAUUCUAACCACCGGAGGCACCGGCUUCGCCCCGAGAGACGUCACACCAGAGGCCACUAAGGAGGUGAUAGAGCGCGAGGCUCCAGGGAUGUCUCUGGCAAUGCUGAUGGGAUCCCUCAACGUCACACCACUAGGCAUGCUAUCCAGACCUGUGUGUGGUAUCCGAGGGAAGACACUCAUCAUUAACUUACCAGGAAGCAAGAAAGGCUCCCAGGAAUGCUUCCAGUUCAUCCUGCCAGCGCUGCCGCACGCCAUCGACCUCCUGCGGGACGCAGUGGUGAAGGUAAAGGAGGCGGCAGACGAACUGGAGGACCUGCCGUCACCACCGCCGCCCCUCUCGCCGCCGCCCAACAGUUCGCCACGCCGCCAGACGGAAGACAAGGGCGUGCAGUGCGAGGAGGAGGACGAGGAGAAGAAGGACAGCGGCGUGGCGUCCACCGAGGACAGCUCCUCCUCCCACAUCACCGCCGCAUCCAUCGCCGCCAAGACUUCACAUGUAACAUCAAGUAUCUCUCCAUACCCAUCAUCCUAUCCUGCCCUGUCCGCAGCCUGGACGUGUGUGUGCGUGUGAUCUCAGAUCCCAGACUCCAUUAUUUCGCGGGGUGUGCAGGUGUUGCCCAGGGAUACGGCCUCUCUCAGCACCACGCCCUCGGAGUCGCCCCGCGCCCAGGCCACAUCCCGCCUCUCUACCGCUUCCUGUCCCACACCCAAAGUGCAGUCACGAUGCAGCAGCAAAGAAAAUAUCCUAAGAUCAAGUCACAGUGCAGUGGACAUUACCAAGGUGGCCCGGAGGCACCGCAUGUCCCCCUUCCCCCUCACCUCCAUGGACAAGGCCUUCAUCACUGUGCUGGAGAUGACCGCUGUCCUGGGCACUGAGAUCAUCAACUACAGAGAUGGGAUGGGUCGAGUCCUGGCUCAGGACGUUUAUGCCAAAGACAACCUGCCACCCUUCCCUGCUUCUGUCAAGGAUGGUUAUGCUGUGAGAGCGGCUGACGGCCCAGGAGACCGCUUCAUCAUUGGAGAGUCCCAAGCUGGAGAGCAGCCGACCCACACAGUGAUGCCUGGCCAGGUGAUGAGGGUGACGACGGGUGCCCCUAUCCCUUGCGGGGCUGACGCUGUAGUUCAGGUGGAGGACACCGAGCUCCUCCGCGAAUCUGAAGACGGCACAGAGGAGCUGGAGGUACGGAUCCUAGUACAGGCUCGCCCAGGGCAGGACAUCAGGCCUAUCGGUCACGACAUCAAGCGUGGGGAGUGUGUGCUGGCCAAAGGCACCCACAUGGGCCCCUCUGAGAUUGGCCUCCUUGCCACCGUUGGAGUCACCGAGGUGGAGGUCCAGAAAUUCCCUGUGGUGGCUGUCAUGUCUACAGGAAAUGAGCUGCUGAACCCAGAAGAUGACCUCCAUCCUGGGAAGAUCAGGGACAGCAAUCGCUCCACCUUGCUGGCUACUAUCCAGGAGCACGGCUACCCCACUAUCAAUCUGGGCAUCGUGGGAGACAACCCCGAUGACCUUCUCAACGCUCUGAAUGAAGGCAUCAGCCGUGCUGAUGUCAUCAUCACCUCAGGAGGAGUGUCCAUGGGAGAGAAGGACUACCUUAAACAGGUGCUGGAUAUUGAUCUUCAUGCUCAGAUCCAUUUUGGCCGUGUUUUCAUGAAACCAGGUCUCCCAACAACAUUUGCCACCUUGGACAUUGACGGUGCUCGCAAACUUAUCUUUGCCCUCCCAGGAAACCCCGUGUCCGCUGUUGUCACCUGUAAUCUUUUUGUCAUCCCUGCCUUGAGGAAGAUGCAGGGCAUUUUGGACCCUAGGCCCACCAUCAUCAAAGCGAGGUUGUCUUGCGAUGUGAAGUUGGACCCUCGCCCUGAAUACCACCGCUGCAUCCUGACAUGGCAUCACCAGGAGCCUCUGCCGUGGGCACAGAGCACAGGGAACCAGGUGAGCAGCAGGCUGAUGAGUAUGCGCAGUGCUAACGGGCUCCUGAUGCUACCUCCCAAAACAGAGCAAUACGUGGAGCUGCACAAGGGCGAGGUGGUUGACGUCAUGGUCAUCGGCCGGCUAUGAUGUCAUCACAGAGGGACGGAGAGUCGGCGUCAUAUAGCGAGGGUCGGAAUGGGUGGUUCACGGUGCAUGUCCACAUAUCAUUGACUAUUCUGUAAUAUGCAACGGCACAGCUAGUUUUUAUUGAUUUGGAUAACGUUGAGGUAUAGUCAACAUCUUGAUCACAACCUAGAUACAUAUGAAAAAAUUAAUUUAAAAAGAUUAUAGUAUUUCAA